AUGAGGAAUUUUGCGGAUAAAUGCAUAGUGUCAGUCUUACUUUUCCUUAUUACAACUACAAGUGCUAUGCUAAGUAUCAUCUACAUUUCAAAAAUUGAUCUAAAAUCAAUUAACCAAAGCUGUGCCGGCUGGGGUAGACAGGUUGAUGAGGUGUCAUCCGAUCAAGUAAGUAAAUUUGUGGACCAUAGUAGAUAUAUAAACAUUUUCAAACAGAAAAAAGAACCUAACGUCAACAACGAUUCUUGGGGUGUAGAACCUGCGGGGGCUUCCUAUUUCACAGAUCAAAAAAAAUACUCUACCGUCGACCAUUCUUGGGAUGAGGGACCUGCGGUGAGUUCCUACAAUCCAGAAGCGUAUGUGCUAGCGAACCCGAUACUCCGCUGUCCUCCGCCGAAAAUGAGUAAGACGGCAAAAAAAAAAAUUCAGGGAGCAAGAACGAAAAAGAUUUUGUAAUUUUCGAAUGGUGCCC